CUUUAACUAGAAUUGUUACAUUCAGUCAAACCUUUUCACUAAACAAAUAUUCAGUGUACUCUCUACGUUCCGUAAAUAAUUUCUAGCUUGUGUGUAAAAUUAUAUAAUUUCUUGUGCAAAUUUCUAGUUUGGUUUUAAAAAUGUAUUGUAAUUUAAACCAAAAUCCAAAUUUAAGUUCAGACAGCAGUGAUAGUGACGAUGAAGACGGAACAUCGUCAUGCAUAUGUUUCAACGUCUUCUUCAAGGAUUAUUGCUUGUGGGACUCGGAGAUUUGGGAGGGGCAUGGCCAGCUACCAAGGGAAGUACUGUACCAGAGGGCUUCACAUAUGUGGAAAACCUCUGAUGAAACUCGACAAUCGUAUAUUAACAUUCUCCGGAAGGAGCUGGAAAAGCCUUUGGAAGAACGGUGUUACCGCCUUAAAAACUAAAUUUGACCAGUUUUCUCAGACUAACGUCACGACGUUUAGAUUUUCAUAAAUUUAGAUAGUUCGUAAAAUGAAAAGGAUAUUUCGGCCGUUAUCUAAUUUUAUGGGAUUUUACCAUACAUUUUUAUUGUUCGCAAAAUUAAGGUAAACAACGAAAUAUAGGGUUUACCUUACAAACAAAAUUGUAAUAUAGUUUGCAAAACGAAGAAGAUAUUUCCAUGAUUUAGGCCAUUCAUUGAAGGCCAUGGAAUAAUGGCAACACAUAUACAUAUUCAAAGUUGGGGACCCAUAUCUGAGGAGAACAACGAAGACACCAGAUCCGAGACGGAGCUGCUGUUCUGGGUUAUGUUCGCUUAGGUUCUUCUUUAUGUUCCCUUUCCCGGACAACCUAAAAUGGAAACGGGGGUCAAGCACGUAUAUAUAAUAUAAUUCCGAUAGCCAGACGCCGUCUGCAGCUCACUGAAUAUCCAUUGUUGUGACGCUCAAUGGACUUGGCCUUAACUUCAGUAUAAAUAGUUUGCCAAGGGCGCCAAGAAGUCAUCAGUUGGAUGCCGGAAAUCAUCAUGUGGAGACUAUUAACCAGCCUUUGCCUGCUUUUGCCGGCCCUUGUGAUACCCCAGGAUCACCCCAGCUACCGACGACCAGCAAUAUGGUCUGGAUAUAAUCCGCGAAAUAGCUAUAAUUUCGGCCCUUGUGGUCCCAGGAUAUGUGGCACCAAUGGGCACACUUAUCGCGAUUUCGAGAGCUCCUGCGCUCUUAAUGACUACAAUUUGAAGAUGAUUUUAAGCGGACAAAGAGAAUUCGAGCAGACAGACUCCAUUUAUUGUCAUCCAAAACCACCACCACCUCUCCCACCACACAGGUCCAGUAAUGUUGGUUAUUAUUACAAUAGCAACUACAGAAGUUUGCUAAUGUCCCAUUCGCCCAGUUCGACCCACUCAAUGUACAUUCCGAGACCAUGUAUUCAUCCCGAGCACAUUACCUACAUUACACCCUACGGCGCUGUUCCGCCUCCAGAGACUUAUCGACAACCGGAGAUUUAUGGCCUCGACUCGGUGCAGCCAUAUCCAUUUUGGACUUUCCAUCGACCUGCGCCGCCAACGAUGCCGCCCGUGAGUUAUAGGCAGCCGUACUGGUAUUAUCCAACAAGACGUCACCCGCCGACUAAGCAACCUUGCCAUCCUGAAGGUCCUACGACGACCGCAAAGUCUUAUACAACAACAAGUACCACGACAACUACACCAGAGCCUUCGACAUCAACAUCGGCAGAACCUACCUCAUCGACUUCCACAGAACCAUCCACAUCAACAUCCACAGAACCUUCUACAUCGACUUCCACAGAAGCUUCUACAUCAACAUCGACAGAACCUACCACAUCGACUUCCAGCGAAUCUUCCACAUCAACAUCAACAGAACCUGCAACAUCAACAGAACCUUUUACUUCAAAAUCCACUCAACCUGCAACUUCAACAUCGACAGAAUCUACUACAUCGACUUCCACCGAACCUUCCACAUCAACAUCAACAGAACCUGCAACAUCAACAUCAACAGAACCUUCUACAUCAACAUCAACAGAACCUGUAACAUCACCAUCUACAGAAGCUGUUCCAUCAACAUCGACAGAACCUAUCAGAUCCACAUCUACAUCCACAAAAACUUCCACAUCAACAUCAACAGAACCUGCAACAUCAACAUCAACAGAACCUGCAACAUCAACAUCUACAGAAACUUCCACAACAACAUCAACAGAACCUGCAACAUCAACAGCAACACAACCUGCCACAUCAACAUGGACAGAACCUACCACAUCCACAUCCACAAAAACUUCCACAUCAAGAUCCACGAAACCUUCUACAUCAACUUCAACCGAACCUUCUACAUCAACAUCUACGCAGGCUUCGCCAUCAACAUCCACAGAGGUUACGACCACUACCACAUCUGAUCCUACUAAUUCAACAACAACAAACGAAGCUGCCACAACAUCAUCUACUGAUGUUGAUGGGGCUGUUUCUGCUGGAAUUAUAAUACCUACUGCUAUUGCCAACCAUGAGGUUACGAUUUCCGUCAGAGAUGACAAUGGUCAAAUUACGAGAAUUGCAUUAGUCGAGGCGGGUAUGGAUCCGGAAACGAAAGAGCCAAGCUGUUCGCCAGUGACCAAUAUCCUGGUGACCACAGGGUCGACGGUAGUGUUCCAGAUCUCCGGCUGCAUUCUGGAGGAGGCAGCAAGCCCCACACCUACUACAACUCAGGCUGGACUCAAAAACAUUUAUGGCUAUGGCACAGAGAAGACACCGUACUAUCAGUGGUAUGGCUCGUCCUACCAUGUUCUCCAAUAUUAGAUUGCGUAUUUCAUUAUAUAUUUUUUGUCAUGUGUGAAAUUUGUUAUGUACGUAGACCCAUAAUAAAUAUCAAUUUGGAACCUA